GCUGCUGAAGAGCUGCGCUGCCUCGGCCUCCACGCUGACCGGAUGGCGGCGGUACUGCGCCUCCUGCUCCCCUGCCUCCUGGCCCAGGUGUGGCUGGUGCCUGGCACGGCCCAGGCGAGGCCACAGACCCCUGCUGUCCAGAAUGAGACCUUCCAGGGAGUGCAGGCCCCAGAGGAGGAGGAAGAGGAGCCCUGGCUGAUGGCCAGCGGGCACCAGCUCUCUGAACAGACCUCCAACUUGGGGUUCAGCCUGCUACGCAAGAUCUCCAUGAGGCAUGAAGGCAACGUGGUCUUCUCCCCGUUCGGCCUGUCCUUGGCCUUGGCGGCCCUGAUGCUGGGGGCCACGGGGCAGACCAGAGCCCAGCUGGAGGGCGUGCUCAGCCUGCAGAGCCCGAGCCAGACGGGGCCCGGGCACCUGCCCGCCUUGUUUCGGCGGCUCCGGCAGCACCUCUCCCACAACCAGGAGCUGGGCCUCACCCAGGGGAGCUUGGCCUUCAUCCACGAAGAUUUUGAUGUCAAAGGGACCUUCCUCAAUUUGUCCAAGAGGUAUUUCGAUACCGAGUGUGUGACUGUGAAUUUUCGCAAUGCCUCGCAGGCCAGAAAGCUCAUGAAUCAUUACAUUAACCGGGAGACGCUGGGGAAAAUCCCCACGCUCUUGGAUGAGGUCAAUCCCGACACCAAAGUCAUUCUUGUGGACUACGUCUUGCUCCAAGGGAAGUGGCUGACCCCCUUUGACCCUGUCUUCACCGAGGCCGACACUUUCCACCUGGACAAGUACAAGACGGUUAAGGUGCCCAUGAUGUACAGCGCGGGCAACUUCGCCUCCGCCUUUGACGAGAGGCUCCGCUGCCAUGUCCUCAAGCUGCCCUACCGAGGCAACGCCAGCAUGCUGGUGGUGCUCAUGGAGAAGAUGGGCGACCACCUGGCCCUGGAGGACUACCUGAGCCCAGAGCUGGUGGACACGUGGCUGAGGAACAUGAGGACCAGACACAUGGAAGUUUUCUUCCCCAAGUUCAAGUUGGAUCAGAAGUAUGAGAUGCAUGAGCUGCUUAAGCAGAUGAGAGUCACGAGAAUCUUCUCGCCCUGGGCCCACCUGGGCGAGCUCUCGGCCAUCGCGAGAAACCUGAAAGUGUCCCAGGUCUUACAAAGAGCAGUGAUUGAGGUCGAUGAGAAAGGAACCGAGGCAGUGGCAGGAACCCUGUCAGAAAUCAUUGCUUAUUCCAUGCCUCCCAUCAUCAAAGUGAACCGGCCAUUUCAUUUCCUGAUCUAUGAAGAAACCACGAGGGUGCCCCUAUUUCUGGGCAGGGUGGUGAACCCAACCCUCCUGUGA